UUCCCUCACUGCCGUCAGAAGAGUCCACUUCUUAGUGACUCCUUGCUGAGUACUGGAUGCAUUAGAGGGUGGCUAGUCAAUAUGAUUCUUCUUGCUGUGCUUUUUCUCUGCUUCAUUUCCUCAUAUUCAGCUUCUGUUAAAGGUCAUACAACUGGUCUCUCUUUAAAUAAUGACCGACUGUACAAACUCACAUACUCCACUGAAGUUUUUAUUAAUCAGGGCAAAGGAAAAGUUCAAGACAGUGUGGGUUACCGAAUUUCAUCCAAUGUGGAUGUCGUCUUACUGUGGAGGAAUCCUGAUGGUGAUGAUGACCAGCUGAUCCAAAUCACGAUAAAAGAUGUAAAUGUUGAAAAUGUGAAUCAGAAGAGGGGAGAGAAGAGCAUUUUUAAAGGAAAAAAUCCAUCCAAAAUCAUCAGGAAAGAAAACUUGGAAGCUUUGCAAAGACCUGUGCUCCUUCAUCUAAUCCAUGGAAAGGUCAAAGACUUCUAUUCAUAUGAAAAUGAACCUGUGGCCAUAGAAAAUCUCAAGAGAGGCCUGGCUAGCCUAUUUCAGAUGCAGUUAAGCUCUGGAACCACCAAUGAGGUAGAUAUCUCUGGGGAUUGUAAAGUGACCUACCAGGCUCAACAAGACAAAGUGACUAAAGUUAAGGCCUUGGAUUCAUGCAAAAUAGAAAGGCCUGGGUUUACGACGGCAAAUCAGGUCUUGGGCGUUACUUCGAAAGCCACAUCUGUCACUACCUAUAAGAUAGAAGACAGCUUUGUUAUAGCUGUUCUUGCAGAAGAGAUACAUGCUUUUGGGCUGAAUUUUCUACGAACCAUUGCAGGCAAGAUAGUAUCAAAGCAGAAAUUAGAGCUGAAGACGACUGAAGCAGGCCCGAGGCUGAUGUCUGGAAAGCAAGUAGCAACCAUAAUUAAAGCAAUUGAUUCCAAGUACAAGGCCCUUCCCAUUGUGGGCCAGGUCUUCCAGAGCGAGUGUAAAGGAUGCCCUUCUCUCCAGGAGCACUGGCAGUCCAUCAGAAAACACCUGCAGCCUGAAAACCUCUCCAAGGCUGAGGCUAUCCAGAACUUCCUGGUCUUUAUUCAGCACCUCAGGACUGCGAAGAAAGAAGAGAUCCUCCAAAUCCUCAAGGCUGAAAGCAAGGAAGUUCUACCUCAGCUGGUGGAUGCUGUCACCUCUGCACAGACCCCAGACUCAUUAGAUGCUAUUUUGGACUUUUUGGAUUUCAAAAGUGACAGUAGCAUUAUCCUCCAGGAGAGGUUUCUCUAUGCCUGCGGAUUUGCCUCCCAUCCCGAUGAAGAACUCCUGAGAGCCCUCAUUAGUAAGUUCAAGGGUUCCUUUGCAAGCAAUGACAUCAGGGAAACCGUUAUGAUCAUCAUUGGGGCUCUGGUCAGGAAGCUGUGUCAGAGUGACGGCUGCAAACUCAAAGGAGUGGUAGAAGCCAAGAAGUUAAUGCUGGGAGGGCUUGAAAAAGCAGAGAAAAAAGAGGACAUCAUGAUGUAUCUGCUGGCCCUGAAGAAUGCCCUGCUUCCCGAAGCCAUCCCACUCCUCCUAAAGUAUGCUGAGUCAGGAGAAGGGCCCAUCAGCCACCUUGCUACCACCAGUCUCCAGAGAUACGAUGUCUCUUUCAUCACAGAUGAGGUGAGGAAGACUUUGAACAGGAUAUACCAUCAGAAUCGUAAAGUUCAUGAAAAGACUGUGCGCACAACCGCAGCUGCUAUCAUUUUAAAUAACAAGCCAUCCUACAUGGACGUAAAAAACAUCCUGCUCUCUAUUGGGGAGCUUCCCAAAGAAAUGAACAAGUACAUGCUUUCCAUUGUUCAAGACAUCCUACGUUUUGAAACACCUGCAAGCAAAAUGGUCCGUCGAGUUCUGAAGGAGAUGGCUGUUCAUAAUUAUGACCGUUUCUCCAAGAGUGGAGCCUCUUCUGCCUACACUGGCUACAUAGAACGUAGUCCCCAUUCAGCAUCUACUUACGGUCUUGACAUUCUUUACUCUGGUUCUGGCAUUCUGAGGAGAAGUAACCUGAACAUUGUUCAGCACAUUGGGAAGGCUCAGCUUCAUGGCAGCCAGGUGGUCAUUGAAGCCCAAGGACUGGAAGGCUUAAUUGCUGCCACGCCUGAUGAGGGGGAGGAGAACCUUGACUCCUAUGCUGGUCUGUCAGCCAUUCUCUUUGAUGUUCAGCUCAGACCUGUCACUUUUUUCAAUGGAUACAGUGAUCUGAUGUCCAAAAUGCUGUCAGCAUCUAGCGACCCUGUCAGUGUGGUGAAAGGACUUAUUCUGCUAAUAGAUCAUUCCCAGGAGCUUCAAUUGCAAUCUGGAUUGAAGGCCAAUAUAGAAGUUCAGGGUGCUCUAGCCAUUGAUAUUUCGGGUGCAAUGGAGUUUAGUCUGUGGUAUCGUGAGUCAAAAACACGAGUGAAUAAUCGGUUGGCUGUGGUGAUAUCUGGUGACAUCACUGUGGACUCCUCUUUUGUGAAAGCCGGCCUGGAAAUCAGUGCGGAAACGGAAGGCAGCCUGGAGUUCAUCUCCACAGUGCAGUUUUCUCAGUACCCAUUCUUAGUUUGCCUGCAGAUGGACAAGGCUGCAGCUCCAUUCCGGCAAUUUGAGACAAAGUAUGAAAGGCUGUCCACAGGCAGAGGGUACGUCUUGCGGAAAAGGAAAGAAAGGCUCAUAGUAGGAUCUGAAUUCCCUCUCCACCAAGAGAACUCUGAGAUGUGCAAAGUGGUGUUUCCCCCUCAACCUGAGAGUACUUCCAGCGGUUGGUUUUAGAACUGAUCAGUGAUGUUUCAUGUGAAUUCACCUCCUCAGGAGGGAUCCGAUGUGACAUGCCUGAGUACUUGCUUUCUGAGAGCACAGUGUUUACAUAUUUACCUGUAUUUAAGAUUUUGUAAAGAGCUAUAAAAAUCUUCAAAUGAUCAAAUUUGGGCCUAUUCAGUAUACUAACCACAGUGUCAAUUUUGAGCCAAAAUAUGUGAUACUUCUAGCAAAUCCAAGUUGACAUAGUGAGAAUAGUUCUUCCCUAAAAAGAAACUAUUGUUUAUUUUUUCAAAAAACCACACACACUUAGAAGAACCCAGUUUUGUUUCAAUAACUUUCAGUGUGUAUGUAGCACUUGUUAGAAUCUUAAACAUGGAUUGUUUCUACCAAACAUAUUCCCACUCAGGAAAAAACAGACCUUUUUUUUUGAAGGGGUGGGGGGUGUCAGGGAGAAACAGUAGGGACAAGACUUGUUAAAUACUUUUCCAGCCAGCUUCAUGAAUUAAUGUUUGUCUGUUCUGUUCUUUCACUGAGCGUUGAGGUAGAAGACACACAGCGCUAAAACACCUUCUCGUCUUUCUGCUGACCAUGUAAUCAGUCCUCUGCCUUCCACCCCACAAAAACAUUGGACUUAGUGGCUAAGAAUUAGAAAUAUUAAAUUCAGAAACUCCAUUUGAUUUUUUUGUGCUGUUUCUCUUUGAGACUGCAAUGUGGUAUACUAUCCUUUAUAAGGGACAUCUUCAUAUAGUCAUCAUUUUACCUUUCAUUCAGUUGUUUAUGUGGUAAAAUUUCCAGUCUGUUUGACUACAAUCUAUACAAAAGUGAGAAUGGCAGAUAGAGUUUAAUACUGCUUUGAGAAACUGAUGGAUUUGGACUUCUAAACUAUGAAAUCAAGAAAUGAUUUGUAUUUGUACAAAUAAAAAGAGGCAUGUUAAAUAUUCUAAAAUAUUUAUUAAUGAAACACAUAUUAAUGAAACAUUUGUUUCUAGUAAUAAACCCAACACAAAUAACAAACAUUCAUUUGUCCACUAAACGCACAUGCACAGGAGUUUAUCCAGCCUGUCAUUGGCAGUAAAUUUAAAAUGAUGUGUGAUGAAAUAAACAUGUGGAAAUCCUAUUGA